GGCGCUGUCUACUUCCUCUUUUUAGGUCGUUAUCAAGAUGGGUCGUGUGAGAACAAAGACUGUGAAGAAGGCGGCGCGGGUGAUCAUUGAGAAGUACUAUCCACGCCUGACUCUCGACUUUCACACAAACAAGCGAGUAUGUGAGGAGAUUGCGAUCAUCCCCACCAAGCGGCUACGAAACCAGAUUGCUGGUUUCCUAACACAUCUCAUGAAGAGAAUCCAGAAGGCUCCUAUCAGAGGCAUUUCCAUCAAAUUGCAAGAGGAAGAGCGAGAAAGAAGAGACAAUUAUGUGCCAGAGGUGUCGGCUAUUGAGCAUGAUAUCAUUGAGGUUGACGCAGACACCAAGGAGAUGUUGGUGAUGAUGGACUUCAAGAUACCUGGCCUGCAGUUGACGCAGCCCGUAGGCAGCGGUGUCGGAGGUGGGUUCGGAGGAGGAGGUGGGUUCGGAGGAGGCGGUGGGUUCGGCGGAGGCGAUAACCGUAGACAACCAAGAAACUGAUUUCGCUGUAAUGUUCAAGUGAAGUAAUAAAGCAAAAAAAAACAAAUGA